CAGUGAAAUGCGUUUUAUACUUAUGCCAUGAGGCCGCAUGAAUAUGUAUCCUCUACACCAUUGAUACACUGGGUUGACACACUUACUUUCGACUUUCCAUUUGUAUUGCCCUCAGUCCGAACGAUCAAUCAUGACAGAAAGCGUUGGCAAGAUCAAUCGCUCGAGAUUUUAUUUUGAAUGGAAAGGUCAUCAAAUCCAGGAUCUCACAUCUUUCCAUGCAAUUGCCACGGCAAAGAGGCCGAACGAACCCAUCGUAUACCUUGCGGGCGACUCGUCCCUUGACAACAAAUACUGGGUCCAUCCCGAUGAGAACCUCCAGGUUGACGUACCUGAGAUAUAUAAGCAUGUGCUGGACAGACCGACACCCAAACAUGACGUUGCGUUCUGGAUGAACUAUAUUCUUGGUGAUCGGGCAACAUGCCUCAACACUGCGGUGGAAGAAUCCAUGCUCCGUCAACGAGACCACGAGCUCCUUGCACACGAUGAAUUCAUACGCGACCAUAUUCGCCCACAGGAUGUGCUGAUAGUCAGCGUGGGAGCUAAUGACAUUGCCCUCAAGCCACUUCUUUGUACGGUUCGGCACAUGCUGCAACUAGCUUGGGCAACUUCGUGGUCGUCGCUCGACAAAGGAAAUACAUCGUCUAUCAGAUAUUUCGGAUACAUAUUUGGCAACAAGACCCAGGAAUAUAUCAGUCAGAUGGUAGCAAAGACAAAACCACGAGCUGUGAUCGUCUGUAUGAUCUACUAUCCUCUAAAAGCUGGGCUUGGGCAGCAGAGUUGGGCGGAUACCCAACUCAAAGUUUUGGGCUACAAUAGCUGGCCUGGCCGGCUCCAGACAGCGAUCAGUACACUGUUCAGAAUGGCAACACAAACAAUCAAAAUUGAAGGCACUGAGGUCGUACCAUGCGCCUUGUACGAGGUAUUGGAUGGAAAACUCGCAAAGCACUACACUGCAAGGGUUGAGCCCAGCGAAGAGGGCGGGAAGAAGAUGGCAACGAAAUUCGUCGGUUUGCUGGAUGAUAUAUGGGCUAAAACAAUACCUGAUGGUCUAUGAUUUGAGGAUACUAUCUGAUUGUGCCUCACUCGAGUGUCC